GCCGGUUGUGAGCCAUUCUAUGUUUCCCUCUCUUCUCUUCGCCUUCCAUCUCUCGCCCCCCUUCCAUCCCGCUUUGUUCGGGCACUCCUCAACCUUCUUUGAACACAAGCACAAUCAAUUCUAAGCUUGUCGCCCCGCAAUGCCUCUGAUCAGCACCACAAUUGACGCCUUCAGUCCUUUUAUCGACUAUCAGCCGCAGGGGAUGUGGCGGAAGGGGGGCGCGGACGGCGAUCCAUACGCAUCCAGGUAUGAAGACAAGACCUUCAUGCUCAGCAUCGAGGCCCCCGGCGCGACUGCCACGUUCAACUUCACCGGUACAGAGGUACACGUCUACGGCGCAUAUAGGUGCAACUCAGGGCCGUACAGUGUCACGAUUGACGGGACGAAGUCUGAGCCCAUGCGCACGAAUGGCAGCGCACCAUCAGACGUCGAUUCCCAGCUCCUUAAAGUCGAGCUGUUCGCCGCGACCGAUCUUGCACCGGGCGUGCAUCAGGUCGUCUUGACCAACGAGUGGAGUAGAGUACCGGCGAACAAGUCGGGGUCGGCGUUCGAUGUGGACUUCGUGCGUGGGCUGCAGAUGCUCCCUUAGCUGUACGUGGUCACCGAGGGAACGCCAUUAGCCAUGAUCAAUUCUAAAAAAUCGCGAAAUUCCCA